UCGGGUCAGCCAAUCGGGUUGCGUCAGGUUUCCUGCUGGUGGAUGAGGUGAGCAUGAUUAUGUCUCGCAGACUAACCAAAGAAGAGCUGGAUGCACAGUUUGAGCAGUUCUUAAAAGAGUCUGUUUCAGAUGACUCUGUGGAUUUAGGUGCUCCUGACAAGCAGCCACACUCUGAAAGCAACCAGAAACCAACAGUGAGGCAAGAUGAGGCACUCAGUGGUGGAGGAUCAGCAGCAGCACGGUUGGAAUCUCAGAUUUCUUUACGGAAGUCUGAGUCUAUUCAAGAGGAGGAUGAGGAGGCAGAAGGUAUUCACUCAAAGGAGGAAGACCUCGUCCUGAGAGACAACAAGGACACAGAGGGCACGAGCAGUGUGGCUGUGCCUGGGUGA